AUGCAUUUCCAGCCGAUAGAGAAUUCCUUCGAGGAUGCCUACGUUUCCCACCUUGGCGGAGGGCCUAGAGUGGAACUACACGCAAGCCUUGAUCAGCUCGACGACGUUUUUGGUUCCACGCCAGCUUCACCAGCCGAACCAGAGGCGCAAAGUAGCUCUCAUCCUUCAGACAUACGGCGCCUGGAAACUGAACACACAAAUGCCGGGUAUCGAGAAGGCAUCACCGUAGCCAAGGAGGCGAGCAUCCAGGGUGGAUUCGACGAGGGCUUUAGUCUAGGGGCGACUAUUGGAUUGCGGGCUGGGCAGCUACUCGGCAUGAUUGAAGGCAUUGCUGAUGCGGUCAAGGGCCAACCAGGCGAGACGGCAGAGACGGCAGAAAAGUUGCUAAACGAAGCCAGGGACGAGCUGAGUACAGGCAAAAUUUUCUCGGCAGACUAUUGGGCACCAGAUGGCACCUGGAACUACGACGUGACCGCCAAAGACGGUGACCAGAUUCUAUUCCCUGACGUGGCUGCUGCGCACCCUUUGAUAAAGAAAUGGAGCAGGGUUGUUGACGAACAGACGAACAUGUGGCAUAUUCAAGUGUCGAUUCUCGAUGAUGCCAACGGGCCGCGUCUGGACACAGCUUCGAUUGAGCCACCACUCAACGUAUCUGCUCCCACACGGUCAAAGCAAUCCCUGGAUUGGUGA